GUGCAGUGUGCUACGUACGACGAACGCAAGAUCGAUUGAUGGAGCUAAAAGUCAAGGACGACACGCCUGUUUCCUCACCAGCCGCUGCCAGGCGCUAGCUAUAGCCAUGGUUGCCGGCCUAGCUGGAUCUGGAAGCCGACCACCGCGCUCUCCCUUGCGCUCCCGGUCCCGGCAUGCACCGGCGCCUCGCCGCGCUCGCCCGGACGCGCAGAUUUGGGUUCGGUCGCGGCCGGGACGACGACCAAGUGGCGCCCGAGCCCGACCCACGCACCCGCGCAGGAGCUUCGGUUCCGGUGCGCGGGAAGGCCUUCGCCUCCCACCAGGCGCUCGGCGUCGGCGGCCACAAGUCCAGCUCCAGCGGCGGCGAGCGGUGGGCCGCACCGGUGCGCCGUCUGCCGGAGGGGGCUCGCCACGGGUCAGGCGCUCGGCGGCCACACGCGCUGCCACUAGCCCACUACUGGUAUGGCAUGUCGGCGCCCAUCUCCGUCUCCGUCUCCACGUCUGUCGUCCGGAACAGGGUCGUCCGGCGUCACCGUCUGGGAUCGGACUUUGACCUCAACCUGACGCCACUGCCGGAGAAUGACGCCGGGAUGAUGAAGAGGUGGGCCGAGGAGAGAGGCGAGGUGCAGAGUCCAUCGCCGAUCAAGAAUCGCAGGGUAUCGGAUUAUUGACUCGUCGAUCUCGCGCGUGCCGGUCGGUUCAUGUAAAAGUGCAUCUACGCCGUCAUUGUUUCGGCGCCGUUCGGUUGUCACGGAUUGAUCGGUCGGAAAACGAUUUCUAACUGGAUUGCUUCUCUAAUUUAUAUAAACUUUGAUUAGCUAU